AUGGCUUGCUUGUUUGCUGCUGCUUUGCUGCAGCUGCUGAAAGCUUCAACUGCUGCUCUCUCUCGACAUUCUGCUGCUGCUGCUGCUCUGACAGCAGCAGUUGCUGCUGCUUGUGGGGUCGCUUCUGGUGUACGUACACCUCAGCAGGAGACGCAGGAGCAGCAGCAGCAGCACGCAGCAGCUGGAGCAGAUCCUUCACUGGAUGCAGCAGCAGCAGCAGCAGCAGCAACAGCCUCAGCUGCAAGCGCAGCGGAGGCAGCAGAAGCAGCUAUAACAGAAGCAGCUGCAGAAGAAGCAACAGAUGCAGCAGCAGAAGACGCAGCACCCGAAGCAGCAGCAGCAGCAGCAGCAGCACUGCUGCCUCUUGAGGAGCAGGUGUUUGCCCUAGCUGUGGAAGUAGGCCUCAGCAGCAGCGAGCUGCCGGUGCUGGAGCAGCUGCAGGAGCAGCUGCAGCAGCAGCUGCAGCAGCAGGUGCUGCAGCAGGAGCAGCUGCUGCUGGCCAGCGCCGCAUCAGCAAAGCGAUCGCAGCAGCAGCAGCGAAGGCCGCAUGCAGCAGCAGCAGCAGCAGCAGCACAGACGAAGGCAGCACCAGCACUAAAUAAUCACAGCAGCAGCAGCAGCAGCAGCAGCAAGAAAAAGUGCAGCUUAAGGGCAAGCAGCAAAACGAAUAAUAGCUGCGCAGCACGUGAAGAGGCACGGAAUGCAUGCAAGGGUAAGCUGCAGCAGCAGCUACAGCAUCAGCAGCAGCAGCAGAAGCAGCAGCAGCAGCAGCAACACAAGGAGCAAGAGGAGCAACUGCCGCAGCAAAAGGAGCUACAGCACAAAGAAAAGCCACAGCAGGGAGAAGAGCAGCCGCAGGAGCAAGAACAGCAGCAGCAGCAGGAAGAACAGCAGCAACCGCUGCAGCAAGAACAGCAGCAGCAGCAAGAACAGCAGCAACAGCAACAAGUAGCGCAGCAGCACCAACCAGAAGAACAGCAGCAGCAGCAACUUGAACAGCUGCAGCAGCAGCAGCGGGCGGCUUUUGACCUAGAAGGCAGCAGCUGCGGCAUUUCAAGCCGUAGCAGCAGCGAACCCUUGCUGCUGCUGCAGCACCCACAGCAGCAGCAGCAGCAGCAUAUGGAAGGCCUUGCUGCUGCGCCUGCUGGCAGCAACGAGCUGCUGCUCAGCGACGCAUGCAGCAGCCAAACGAGCCAGGAUCUGUCCCCCUUGCUGCUUUCUCUUGCCUAG